AUGGCCUCAAAACUUUCAUUAACAACAUUUGGGGAGAAUGUAUUUGGAGAAUUUGUGACUAAUACACAAAGUAUUAACAAAUAUCUUGCCUCAUCGUCGGUGGGGGAAGUGGCAGUUUCGUCUGGUGAUCAUCAUUCUGUUAUCCGAUGCAGGGACCUAAUUUUUGCUGUCGGAAGCAAUUUCUUUGGACAGCUUGCGCUUGGUAAAUCAGUAAAACAAGCAGAUCUCAAUGUGAUUGAAUAUUUCAACCAACAUCAGAUUAAGGUUAAAAAUAUCAUAUGUAAAUACAACCAAACAUUUUUUUUAACUGACGUUGGGGAGGUGUUUGUUGUUGGAUUUAAUGAAGAAUGUAAUUUAGGGUUCAAAUCCAAGGAAAGCAAUAUCUAUGACCCAACCAAAGUUUGCGGGUGCUUAGAGGGAAAAGUGAUAACGAAAAUUGCAGUUGGAAGAUACCAUUGUCUAAUGCUGGAUGCUAAUCACAGGGUCUUUGUUUCAGGACAACAGGAUAAAGGGCAGCUAUUUUUGACUACCUCUCAUAGAAGGACGAGCAACAUCAUUGAAAACGAUGUAAUGACAAAACAUGCAAUUGACGAUAUAGAGUGUGGCCAAUUCUUUUCUGUAGCUUUUUCUGCAUCGCAGCUAAAAUUAUUUGUUGGGGGAGUGGUUGCUGGUUCAAAAAAGCCAUUGUUUGAGGAGUAUGAUUUGAACGAAUUGAUAGGAUUCAAUGAUAACUUUCCUUUCCCUUAUAUUUCUGUUUCGAUUUCCUGUUGCAACAAUUGCUUUAUAAUACGAGCCUUCUGUGAACACAAACUAUUUAUGGAAGAGGAUGUCUUCUUGAAGUGGGAUGGUACUGGGAUGUAUGAACUGUCAGACGUUGUUGCCAAAACAAUAAGAGAGCAGAUAUUAAGAAUAACAACGGGACCAAAAGCAAUCGCAUUUGUUACCAAUUCUGGAAGAAUUUAUUUGCAAGAAGGAGAGUUUCCAGAAAAUAAGAUUAAUCCAACUCUAGUGUUUAUAACUGUCUCCCAUAGCUCUGUCUUAGAGGCUUUGACAGAAAAAGGAGUGAUAAUGAUAACGAAAACAAGCUAG